AUGUCACACAGAACCAUAACCUUCGUCACUGGCAAUGCGAAGAAACUCGAAGAGGUGAGGGCUAUUUUGGGCAGUAAUUUUCCUUUAGAAAUAAUUAGUCACAAGCUGGACUUGCCAGAGCUGCAAGGUGAAAUAGAUGAAGUAUCAAUAAAGAAGUGUCAAGAAGCAGCUCGACAAUUAAAGAGGCCUGUGGUAGUAGAAGAUACUGCUCUCUGUUUUAACGCAUUGAAGGGUCUUCCAGGGCCGUAUAUCAAGUGGUUUUUAGAAAAACUGGAACCUGAAGGACUUACGAACUUGCUGACUGGGUGGGAGGAUAAAUCUGCCAAGGCUGUGUGCACAUUUGCUUAUUGUUCUGGUCAUGAGGAUCUAGAUGUUAAACUCUUUCAAGGCGUGACUCAUGGUCAAAUUGUGACUCCUAGAGGAUCAAGGGACUUUGGAUGGGACUGUAUCUUCCAACCUGAUGGUUACAGUCAAACCUACGGUGAACUACCAAAGGCAGAAAAAAAUAAAAUAUCCCAUAGAUACAGAGCUUUAGAGAAAAUGAAAGAAUAUUUUUGUAGUAACAAUGUGUAA